AUGCGGGCCCUCAAGAUGCCACUGCUCCCGCUCUCCCUCUGCCUCUGUCUCCUUCUCCUGCGCGCCGCGUCCGGCUCCAGCGAGCAGAGCAGGUGCGGCCGCCUCGACCGCCCGCUCCGCGCGCUCGAGCCGAACCGCCGGGUGGAUUCCGAGGCCGGCAGCACCGAGCUCUAUGACGAGCGCGAUGGCCAGCUCUCCUGCGCGGGCGUCUCCGCUGCGCGCAUCCGCAUCCAGCGCAACGGCCUCCUCCUGCCCUCCUACUCCAACUCCCCGCGCCUCGUGUACAUCAUCCAGGGACGCGGCAACGUCGGCAUCGUCAUCCCGGGGUGCCCCGAGACGUACCAGCAGACCAUGCAGGAGCAGGAGCCGGAGCAGGAAGGAGAUGACGAGCGACAGCGACGCAGUGAGCGCGGCCGGCGCAGUGAGGAGAGCGAGGGGGAGGAGGAGUCGGAGGGCGAGGAGGGGAGCCGCCGUGGCUUCGAGAAGUACUCCAUCCGCGACGAGCACCAGAGGAUCACCACCGUCCGCCAGGGCGACGUCGUGGCCAUCCCCGCUGGCUCGCCGUUCUGGGUCCACAACGACGGCGACGCCACGCUCGUCGCCAUCGCCGUCUACGACGUCAGCAACAACGCCAACCAGCUCGACCCAACCUUCAGGCGUUUCCGGCUAGCCGGCGGGCAGACGAGCAGCGAGGGGCGGCGGCAGCAGCGGUACGGUGAGGGCGAGUCAUCGGAGUCGGAGUCAGAGCAGGAGCGCGGCAACGAGUCGUACAACAUCUUGAGCGGCUUCGACACCGAGCUGCUCGCCGAGUCCAUCAGUGUGAGCCGCGAGACCGCGCAGAAGCUGCAGGGCCGCGACGACAAGCGCGGCAACAUCGUGCGGGUCCGCCGCGGCGGCCUGCGCCUGCUGCGCCCGACGACGGAGGAGACGAAGGGCAUGGACUCUGGGAACGGGCUCGACGAGGCGCUGUGCUCGAUGAAGCUCCGCGAGAACAUCGCCGACCCGAUGAAGGCCGACCUCUACACUCCCAACGGCGGCCGCAUCACCUUACUCAACAGCCAGAAGCUCCCCGUCCUCAAGCUCAUCAAGAUGAGCGCCAACCGCGGCGUCAUGCGCCGGGACGCGAUAUUGGCGCCGCACUGGAACAUCAACGCACACGCGCUGGUGUACGCGACGAGCGGUCGCGCGCGGCUGCAGAUCGUGAGCAACGAGGGGCGGCGCGUGUUCGACGGCGAGCUCCGGCGCGGGCAGCUGGUGGUGGUUCCGCAGAGCUUCGCGGUGCUGGCGCGCGCGGGGGCCGAGGGGUUCGCGUGGGUGUCGUUCCAGACGAGCGAGAACGCCAUGAACGCGGCCAUCGUGGGGAAGACGUCGGCGCUGCGCGGGAUGCCGGCGGACGUGCUGGCGAACGCGUUCGGCGUGUCGAGGGAGGAGGCGCGCAGGAUCAAGUUCGGCAGGGGCCAGGAGAUGACCAUCUUCUCGCCCAUGUCCGGCGGUGGCCGCUCCACCAGGCCCCACGGCUUCGGCGACAUCCUCGCCGCCGCGGCAUGAGGCGCGCGCUCGCACGUGUGUGCUGCCUAGCUACGUACGUA